UAUAAUUUAUAUUAAUCUACACUAAACACUUUAUGGUUUAUUUUUUACAAUAAUUUUAGCGCCCUUUCCUAUUCUGCUUUUUGUAUAGACGAAUUAAUUGUAUGCUUUUAUUUUGACAACCUGACAAAGUUGCUACAGUCGCCGCACCGCACCGUCAGUGUGCGUACUAACGUCCUAAAUAGUGUGGUAAAUUAGUACGCCACCUGCAGUGACCAUGGUAACCUAUGGUGGCGUCGCGCGCUAUUUUGUCAUACUACUUAGUAGAGUAGUACGCAGCGCGCGCUCCAGACAGCAUCCGAGGCAGCCGGGAGGCAGCGGGAUGAGCAGCAAAGAUGUGAACAGAUGUUGAACAUUUGAGCAACAAAAUGCGAUUUUUGCGGUCCGAGCGGAUUUGACAGGCUUCUUAAAACACAGGGCUGAACCCGAAUUUCUUCCUGGUGCGUUUUUUAAAAAGAAAAAUCGACGUAGUUUAACAGUGUAGUACGUGUGUCUGGGAUAACGCUAAAACCGGUAAAACUAGCCGAUUAGCCUGCUUGCUAACGCUGUUAUAAUAACUAGCUAAAUUAAGCUGAUGUUAUUCAUUCAUUGGCGUUUUUUUUCUGUUAACGAACAAGGUCACAGAUUUGGGACGAUGUCAGUGCUGUUAGACUGACUCUGUUAAAUGACCAACUGCUGACCAAGCGAGCAUGUCACGGUGGACGAAACCCAAAUAACCACGUACUCCCUCUAUAGGUGCACUACAGGGCUGAAGUCAUGGCUAAAACCACGAUGCUGUGCCUGAAUCUUCACUCCAUGCUGAUCCUCUGCGUCCUCUUGGCUGGAGCUCAGGGAGACGGUGCAGAAUUUGACCCCUACAAGAUCCUGGGGGUCACUAAGAGUGCAAGUCAGGCCGAAAUCAAGAAGGUGUAUAAACGCCUUGCUAAAGAAUGGCAUCCAGACAAAAACAGGAGCCCAGAAGCAGAAGACAUGUUCAUUAAGAUCACCAAGUCCUAUGAGAUCCUAUCCAAUGAAGAAAAAAGAGCCAAUUACGAUCGCUACAAGCAGACCAACUCCCAGCCUUACGGGCCUCAAGGCUUCCGUCACUUCCACGACAACUUCUACUUCGACGAGUCCUUCUUCAACUUCCCCUUUAAUAGCAAGGGCAGCCGUGAUGCCACUGACAGCAAGUACACGCUGCACUACAAACAGUAUGUCAACGAAGUCGUAUCUGACAGCUUCAAAAGACCGUAUCUGAUCAAGAUCACCUCAGACUGGUGCUUCAGCUGCGUCCACAUGGAUCCCGUAUGGAGGGAGGCCGUGCAGGAGCUCGAGCCUCUCGGUGUAGGAAUAGGUGUGGUUGAUGUCGGCUAUGAGAGACGCUUGGCGAAUCAUCUGGGCGCUCACCGCACUCCAUCCAUACUCGGCGUCAUCAACGGAAAAGUGACUUUCUUUAACUACGCUCUGGCCAAAGAGCACCUCAUGCAGUUUGUGGAGGACCUGCUCCCUCAGAGACUGGUCGAGAAGGUCACUGACCGGAAUGACCGUGACUUUCUGAAGAGCUGGUAUGAUGUUAACAAGCCCCACGUUCUGCUUUUUGACCAAGUGCCUGCGGUUCCUCUGCUGUAUAAGCUGACUGCGUUUGCCUAUAAGGACUAUGUGCAGUUUGGCUACGUGGACCAGGGUCUGUCUGAGACGGCCAAUCUGCUCAAGCAGUACAACAUCAACACGUACGCUCCAACCAUGCUCGUCUUCAAGGAGAACACAGAUAAACCGGCCGACAUUAUACAGGCUAAAGGGAUGAAAAAACAAAUAAUCGAUGAAUUCAUCUCCAACAACAAAUUUCUUCUUGCUCCUCGUCUGGUAAACCAGAAGGUCUUUGAUGAGCUUUGCCCCGUCAAGCAGUUCCAUCGGCGCAGAAAAUACUGUGUUCUGCUUAUCACUGGUGAGGAGGAAGUCUUUGUCUCAGGAAACAAAGCUUUCUUGUCUCUGGCCUCUUCGAACACCGAGGAGGUUCUCCGCUUUGCUUAUGUGUACCAACGCCAGCAGCAGCCUCUGUGUUCUGUGCUGCUGAAGAACAGAGACACUCCACCACAGGUGGUGAUCCUGGAGCGGCGUAACGGGGCCGGUAAGGUGGUCUACAAGCCCAUCCAGGGCGGCUGGAACGGCAGCGAGGAGGACAAACACAGGCUGCUGGAGGAGCUGGAGCGGCUGCGGAAAGACCCCUCCAUCCUUACCCAUGAUGCCAUGCUGCCUGAGCUCAAUAACGAGUUCGCUUCAAUGUUUUUAAUCAGAUGGAUUUAUGCAGCUUAUGACUACUUGUCUGAAAUUAUUGAUGAUGUUCUCCACAAUAAUUGGCGUGAAAUGAUGCCUCUGCUGUCUCUGAUAUUCUCUGCGCUGUUCAUCCUGUUUGGCACGGUGAUUAUUCAGGCUUUCAGUGACUCUGGUGAGGAGAAACAGACAAAACCAAAGGCAAAAGAAGCAGCAAAGGCCCAGAAUGGAUCACCAAGCACUGCCAACACUUCCAGCCGUCCACCGAAGAAGAACUUCGUGGAGGUGACUGAGUUAACGGACAUCACUUACACCAGUAAUCUGGUAAAGCUGAGACCAGGCCAUAUCAACGUGGUGCUGGUGCUUACAGACGCAACCAAAAACAUUCUGCUCAGCAAGUUCGCCAAGGAGGUUUACUCCUUCACCGGGAGCCAGACGCUACAUUUCUCCUUCCUGAACGUGGACAAGCACAACGAGUGGAUGUCCACGCUGCUGGAAUACGCCCAGGACGCCAUGCAGCUGGAGGCGGACGAGGAGGAGGAGGCCAGCAACCGCAAGACAGACUACACGGGCUACGUGCUGGCUCUCAACGGUCAUAAGAAGUACCUGUGUCUGUUCAAGCCAGUGUACACGGGCGAGGACGCUAACAGCAGGCCGGAGGAGGAGGCGGGGAGCUCCAGAUCCAGAUCAAGCUCCAGAGACGAGCACCAGCACAGGAAAGGAGGCGCACGCUCGCGCUCCACCACUCUCCACAUCCACCACAAACUGGACCGCCUGGGCCUGUGGAUGGAGCGGCUGAUGGAGGGCACGCUACCUCGCUACUACAUCCCGGCCUGGCCUGGCCUGGACAAGAUCACGGUCAAUAAGUAGAGCUGGGAAUCCUAGCAUGCUGUUGAACAGAGACAGUGUUGGUUCUUUGGGAAGAGUUUCUCAUCGCUCCCAUUGCAGUGUGUCUCCGGGUGGCGCUGUAGGCGGACUUUGUGACCUCAGAGCUCAGACUUUGAUCUUACACAGAUGCUGUAAAUGACCCGAGUCUAAUAGUAGCUCCAUUUAACUAUGAUGCUGCGCCAUAACUACUGAAUGCUGCUCCAGUCGUUACUUUAAAGGUACAAUAAAUAGGGAUGUCCAUCAAUAGAUGGCCUAAAAUGACAGAAUACCAGGAAAAAUCCACCCUCAAUGAUAUGCAUGUUAAUCUUUAAUUAUAACGUAAUAUUCAGUGACGUCUAAGACGUCUGAGUUAAAAUUCUUUCAUCAGUGUUAACGAUUUCCUACUUUACCCACAAUGCCACUCGACUUGCUGCUGAUAGUGGCGCAGUGGGAUUUAUCCCUUGCUUCAUCUCUACUUACAGAGAGGAAUGCAGCGGCGCUUUAGUAUUUUAGUCCGUCAGGCUCUCUCGCCUCGUCAUCUGUACACUCUGCUCAAACAGAUCAGCUUCCAAAGCUUCAGUGUUCCUGGUAAUACUGUCAUAAACACCUUCUCAGUCUACACUCACACAUCGCUGGAAAGUGCUGAUUGGCACUUGAUUGCUUUUCUUGUUUUUAGUAGCUAACGGCGUUAAGCGUUAUCCCUUAUGUCUGAGAUCGGUCAAAGUUUAGUCUCCAAUUAAACACCAUUGUAACUGCGCUAGCAAUAACAGUGUCCUCCUGUGAUGUCAGCGUGGCACCAGAAUCACUAAAGACAUCACAAAUAUUUCAAUAUAAACAUAUUUAAUGUGUUUCAGGGUGGAGAUUUCCUUAAGACAUGGUGAUAUGGAGUGAAAGCUUACUGUAGUCGGAAAAUGCCUUAUAUAUAAUAAUCUUGCUCACCUUUAACAGCUAAUGAGGUGAAAUCGAGGAUUUCAGUUGAUAUAAGUCUUAACCUGAUUCCCUGCCAGGCACACUACAGUCACUUUCUCCUGUUACAAGUAGUAUGAAUUUAAAAAAAAAAACUGUAAUAAUGGGAAGCUUUCCUUUUACAAUUUUAAUUUAAACACCUAAACAGCAAAAUAUUUAAUAAUAAUUGUUAGUAUUUUUAAGAAUUAUAUCAGUAUUAAGCAUAAGUGUACAUAUAUACAUUCUGUCCUGAACAGAAGGAUAUGGAAGACAUUGUCUUGCCUGUGCAAUAAGACUACUUUGCCUUGAACCUGUUUCUUUAAAAAAAAAAAAAAAAGAAAUGAAAUAUCUGUAUAAUGAAGUGCUACACAGUGAUCCCUGCUGUAGUUUGCGUUCCUGACUGCCUCGGGCAUUUCAGCAUGGAAUCAGAUGUAGUCCAUCCAGUAAUAUUAACCAGUCCUGUGUGUUCCUGUGUCUACAGUUUUCUAAAUGAAAAUGAGAAUUUUUCUAAAAUUAACAUGACUAAAUUCUGUAAGGAGAAUUAAUUUGAGUGAAAUUAACUAUAGCACCUUUCUUCCUUUUUUUUUUCAAUAAAAUGAGCUGAAACUUAAAAAAAAAAAACUGAGGUAAGAUAGAACUCUUAACAGGCAUGUGUUAUUGCAUCAUAAAAUAUAAGAGCCAAUCAGGUUCCAGUAUGCAAAUUACAGUAGGAUUCCUCAAUAGUAUUCUAUAUUUUCCUUUUGGGCAUAACGUGCUAUACCAAUUACACGACAUGAAUCAUUUUCAUAAUAGGCGAGUAGAGAAGAUACCAAAAUCGCAAGUGUGUACGGGAAAUUCCCAAUGCUAGCUAGCUAACAAAGAAGCUAGGUGGCUUUUUGUUUGUUUGUUUCAUAUUCAUAACCUGUAUUUCUUAAUUAGGGAAAUUUGUAUCUGCUUCUGUGCCUUUUUCUGUUGUCUGACAUUUUUGUGGACCGAGUUUUGGAUGAUUUUUUUUUUUACAGCAUGAAAAUCCAAAUCCAGUCUUCCAUCCCAGAAAAGUUUUUAGGCCAGGGCUUAAACAGGUUUCCAGAUGAUGCAUUAUUAUCUUACCAGCGUGCUGUUCAGUGAUCAUUAAUGCAUACACUGUUAAUAUUUAUAUAUUAUCGUAUCUGUGUUGCUGUGAUGUAAAUAAGGCCAUUUCUGUCCAGUGUUUUUAAUGAAUGUUUCAUUCAGUGUCACAUUUUGGUGAUAAGCUUAGAGUAAAUUUCAUAAUUUAUGUAUAGUCCAUGUGUAUCUCUGCCUGAUAGAGUUAUAGAAUAGAUUAAAAAAAAUUGUGGCCUGUUUUAUUUAUUGCAAAAAAAAAAAAAAAAAAAAAAAAAGAUUUCUGAAAUGUAGAGCUAUCAGAAAAUAAAUUAUUUAAUUUUAUUUCCAUAACUUUGAUAUGUGCCAAAGUAUCUUUUUUUUUUUUUUUUUUUUUUUUAAAGAACAUACAGUGAAUAAGUAUAUUUAGAAGUUUUGCUGAAUUUUGGUCAUCCUUAUUAGCUUGUGUUAUUAAAAAAGUAACACCACUCCUAAAAAGGGACAGAAAAAAAGGAAGAGGAAAAAAAUUAGUGGAAAAGCAAGAAAUUGAGAGAAAGGAAUAUUAUGAUUAACAAAUUAUUUGUUAAACACUACAAAUAAAAAGAAUCAGUGAUGAAACUGUUUUAUAAGCUGGAAAAUAAAACAUACUGUAGGA